AUGUGGGUUGGAGCCCAGCUGCUGAGUUCAUCCUGGGUUUGAUCCAUAUGAUACUCUUCUGCCAAAAGAUGAACAACGGUCUUUCAAGGUUUAUCCCUGUGCACACCAGCAUCAAACCAUACAGCUUCUACUGAGGAAGGAGGCUGGCAUUUUUUUCAGUUUGGGCUUUGAGACACAGAGUUGGCAUUCAUCUCCGGCACAGAGGCCUUCUGCUCCUUUGAAUGGCCAUGGUGGAUUUUCCUUGGCUAACCAGGACAGCUCCAUCCCUUGCCCAGGGCCCAUCAUGGCACUUUUGCUGGACAGAGUCCGCGACUUCUCUCCUGGCCUCAACAUAUCACCUGGUCUUAAUCCAUGGAUACUAAACCACUCUCAAAGGGAUUGUGAGCUGGAACCAGGCUGUAGCGAGCACACGCUGGCUGUUGGCAGCAGCUUCCCAGGGCCAGCUGUCCGCUUUGUGCUGCCCACCAUUUAUGCCCUUAUCUGUGCUUCCGGUGUUCUGGCCAAUGGGCUGGUGAUUUCGGUUGUGCUGGGCUGCAAGCAGAAGGUAGUGUCCGACAUCUACAUUUUGAACCUGGCGGUAGCUGACUUACUCUUCUUGCUUGGUAUGCCGUUUGUCAUCCACCAACUUCUGCAGGAGCAAGGCUGGGUUUUUGGAGACUUUCUGUGUUGGGCUGCGACCACCAUCGACCUCAGCAACCAGUUCAGUAGCGUGGGCAUUGUCACUCUGCUGUGUGUAGACAGGUACGUGGCAGUUGUGUACUCGUCCACCAUCGGCCAGAAACGGACCCUGCGGUGCACAACUCUGAUCAACGCUGGUGUGUGGGCUGGGAGCUUAAUUCUGGCCACCCCUGCGAUGCUCUAUGCCCGGGUGCACUGGGACAACAAGACUGAGAUCUGCCUCCUUGACUUACCAGGUCCCCACAGUGUAUACUGGUAUACCCUCUACCAGUCACUGCUGGCUUUCCUGUUCCCCUUGGUGGUGAUCACUGUACUGUAUUCAUUGACUCUGCAGCACCUCUUCCGUGCCAUGCGCCGGGUGCGUCGGAACCCAUCCGCCCGCAGCCGGAAGGUGACCCACAUGGCCCUCACGAUCAUGGCUGCCUUCUUUGUCUGCUGGACUCCGUAUCAUGUGCUGCAGUUGGUCAACCUCCAUGCCACACCCUCUGCCACCCUUUUCUACCUGUACCAGGCUACCAUUUGCCUCAGCUACGCCCACAGCUGUGUCAGCCCCAUCCUUGUCAUUUUCUGCACCGAGUUCUUCCGCGAGAGGAUGACCCAGUCCAGGUAUUGCAGAUUCUUCACCAGGUGGAGGGCAGUACGAGAAAGCCAUUCCUUAUCUAUACCAGAAAUGACAGCUACAAUGUACAGUCCAGAAGCAAGCCAUGCUGCGUCUCCAUGCAUCGCCUGCCCUCCAUUUGCAGUAGAGAUGCCUUUGGCUUCUGUAACUGAGACCACCAGAUUCAAUGUAGUCAUCAAUGGACACGAGGAACCUAGUGGGUUUUGAGGACCCUCUUUGAUUUGGUUUAUGGUAGAUCUCCGUUUGAAACAUUGGCACACCCUGAAGUUCUGGAAGAGGAUUAAGGUGGUGAUGAGGGAGAGAUGCAGACCGGAACCCGCCUGGUGCUGGAGCACUGUUGUAAGACCAUGGCACCAAGUGGGAAAACUGUUAGUGACGACUAAUAAGACAAGGGACAUUGAGCGAAUUAAAUGAAACAAUUAUUCACUUUGUCUGGAAGUCAAUGCGCCUGUUCUGUUUCAGUCUACAAGAACAAAUUAAUUGUCCUGUAAA